AUGCCUAUCAUCCGAACCCUUUUUCACUCCUUACAACCCCUGCUGUACGGAGCACGGGUGCCAGACGGCCAGGAGCUGCCGGUGCUCUUCCGCUCACCCGCUGCCAUGCGAGACGGCCAGGAGCUGCCGGUGUUAUUCCGCACACCCGCUGCCAUGCACAUGGGGGAGGGGGAGCAUACAGCAGAGAGAGAUGGGGGAGGGUGGCAGGGAGGGAGGGGUGAGAGAAGGGCGGAGCGAAUGGGGGAGGAAAUGGGGCGGCAAGGGGUGGCGGGGGAGCAAAGGGCAGAGGAGCGAGGGGUGGAGGAGCGAGGGGAGCAGGUGUUGGCGGAUUUAAACGAGCUGGCGGACUAUUAUGGUGAUGCCUCGUGGCCUUCACUGCACCCCCUGCUACUGCCUGCUUGUGCUCCACCCACCCUUGCUUGGUACGUGAGGCUAGUGGAGUGCAAGCACAGGGUGAUGAGGAGGCGCGUCCACAUUCCACAGGAAGGGGAGGCAGGGAUGCUGGUGGGGGGGGAGGAGGGCGAGGAGGGCGCGGAGGGAGGGGAGGAGGAGGUAUUGCGGAGUGAGGAGGAGGGGGUGGUGGUGGCUGUGUCUCGCACCAAGGACUGGCGAUACCUCACUCUCAACCUCAACACCCGCAUCUCUUCACAGGUCCAUCUGUUAGACGCGCACCACCCCACAGCACCCCCUUGGCUGCUGCAGCGGCGGCGGGAGGGCGAGCAGUGCUGGCAGGUGAACAUUGAGACGUCUGAGAACCUCACAUUCUUGAGUCGCCCCCUUUCUCCCUCUCUCUCCACUCACACUCACUCCUUCCUCCCCCUGCCUGUGCACUGCUGCCCUCAUUUGCUCAUCCCCUCAACCCACCAGAGCCUGGCGAUCAGAGUGAAAGGGUGGGACAUCCGGCCAUCAGACAUUGUCAUAUCAGACAUAGAGGUGUUCCGACACUGCCUCGCCGUGCACUGUCUCGUGCACUCCCUGCCGCACCUGCUGCUGCUGCCCCUUCCCCUCUCACCAGAGGGCGGAGUGGGAAGAGAGGAGGGUGGUGUGGGAGGGAAGGGGUGGAGAGGAGAGGAGGAGGGGAGGAGGGAAGUGGAGGUGUGGGCGAGGGCAGUGCAGCUGCCGGAGAGCGUGUGCCAUGUGGUGGCAGGGGGCAACCAGGACUACCAUGCUACCACUCUCCGCAUCAUGGUGUCGUCCCCUGUUGUGAGCCGGGUGCGAGGUGCACAUGCUCUCUGGCACCCUCUCAGUGUUGCACCAAGAGCCGUACUGCCGCCACCAACCCCUCCUCCAGCAGCAGCAGCAGCAGCAGCAGCAGCAGCAGCAGCAGCAGCAGCAGCAGCAGCAGCAGCAGCAGCAGCAGCAGCAGCAGCAGCAGCAGCAGCAGCAGCAGCAGCAGCAGCAGCAGCAGCAGCAGCAGCAGCAGCAGCAGCAGCAGCAGCAGCAGCAGCAGCAGCAGCAGCAGCAGCAGCAGCAGCAGCAGCAGCAGCAGCAGCAGCAGCAGCAGCAGCAGCAGCAGCAGCAGCAGCAGCAGCAGCAGCAGCAGCAGCAGCAGCAGCAGCAGCAGGCAGCAGCAGCAGCAGCAGCAGCAGCAGCAGCAGCAGCAAGCAGCAGCAGCAGCAGCAGCAGCAGCAGCAGCAGCAGCUAGCAGCAGCAAGCAGCAGCAGCAGCAGCAGCAGCAGCAGCAGCAGCAGCAGCAGCAGCAGCAGCAGCAGCAGCAGCAGCAGCAGCAGCAGCAGCAGCAGCAGCAGCAGCAGCAGCAGCAGCAGCAGCAGCAGCAGCAGCAGCAGCAGCAGCAGCAGCAGCAGCAAGCAGCAGCAGCAGCAGCAGCAGCAGCAGCAGCAGCAGCAGCAGCAGCAGCAGCAGCAGCAGCAGCAGCGCAGCAGCAGCAGCAGCAGCAGCAGCAGCAGCAGCACAGCAGCAGCCAGCAGCAGCAGCAGCAGCAGCAGCACAGCAGCAGCAGCAGCAGCAGCAGCAGCAGCAGCAGCAGCAGCAGCAGCAGCAGCAGCAGCAGCAGCAGCAGCAGCAGCAGCAGCAGCAGCAGCAGCAGCAGCAGCAGCAGCAGCAGCAGCAGCAGCAGCAGCAGCAGCAGCAGCAGCAGCAGCAGCAGCAGCAGCAGCAGCAGCAGUCACACCCAUGCAAUCACUCCCCAUCAACCCCACCUCUCCACCCCCCCAGCCCUCCCCUGCCCCUCUCCCGCGUGCCCGGGCUCAUCUGUCAACGCCUCUGGGUACCAUCCCCCAAUGGCCCACCCAUACCGCUCACCCUCAUCCACCACACCAGCAGGCACAGAGACAGCCAGGGCCCGGCGCUACUAGAGGGGUACGGCGCGUAUGGGGAGGUGACGGCAGCCGAGUGGGUGCCCCACCGCCUGCCUCUGCUGCACCGCGGGUGGGUCCUUGCCCUAGCGCACACCAGAGGAGGGGGCGAGCUGGGGCGAGCAUGGCACGAGGCGGGGCGGGGGGAGAGGAAGGGGCGGGCGCUUUGCCCCCACCCCUCGUUCCAUCCGUGAUUUUCUUCCAUCCAUGUGCUGCCGCUCACUCACUCUCCCCACCUCUCACUAGGCUGUCGCUCACCAACCCGCACCUCCUCUCGCACCCUCUCCCGGCCACAGGUGCCAUUCCUGGACGCCCUCACCUCAAUGAGCAACCCUGCCCUGCCGCUCACAGCGCUAGACCGCCACGAGUGGGGCGACCCUCUUCCCUAUGCACCCUCACCUCCUCUUCCCCCGUCCCCACCUUCGUCCAGGUGCCAUUCCUGGACGCCCUCACCUCCAUGAGCAACCCCGCUCUGCCGCUCACAGCACUGGACCGCCAUGAGUGGGGCGACCCCCUCGCCUGCCCCUCCGCCUUCCAUGCCCUGAGAGCUCUCUGCCCCCGUGCUGAACGUGCAACCAGGGUUCUCUGCCCCGUGCUGAACGUGCAGCAACGGGUCAAGUACCCUGCUGCCCUGCUGUCUGCCGCUCUCCACGACUCAAGAGUGGGCCCAUGGGAGGCAUUAAAGUGGGCAGCCAAGGUGAGAGCAGAGAGCGACUACUGUGAGAGGGAGCGGCCUGUACUGGUGCGCGUGUGGGGGGACAGAGGGCACGUGGCACCAUGCAGUGGCAGGGAGCAGAUGGAAGAUGUGGCUUUGGAGCAUGCCUUCCUGCUGCACCACGUUGGGGGGGGAGAGCAAACACUGGAGCAACUGGAGGAUGUGGCUCUGGAGCAUGCCUUCCUGCUGCACUAUGUUGGUGCGGACUGCUAA